AUGUCGAUAAAUAUUGAAGAAAAAGCUUGUAAGGAAAUGCAAAUAUUUAACAGAAAUCAUGAAGAAGAUAGUAAGAAACAAUUUGGUAGCAAGAAGUCCACCCCGCAAGCACGAUGGGGCAACAAAAUACCGAGCCUAAAAGAACAAAUGGAAGCCAGCAUGAAGUUAUUACAAUUCGUAGCCGACACUCAAUUAACACUAACUCAGAUCAAUGGGCAAAGAAAACUUGGUCCUCCUCCAGGAUGGACAGGACCUCCUCCAGGACCCAAAUGCGAGAUAUUCGUCGGCAGUAUCCCUCGAAAUUACUACGAGCCAGAGAUCGUUUAUCUGUUCAGUUCCGUUGGGACGAUUUACGAGCUACGUUUGAUGAUGGAUUUUUCGGGGACGAACAGAGGAUACUGUUUCAUCAUGUACAGCACUGAAGAGGAAGCGGCUCGUGCAGUCGCAAAAUUGGAUCAGUAUGAGAUUUAUCCUGGGAAGAGGAUCGGCGUUGUGGCGAGCAUUAAUAACUGCAGACUUUAUAUAGGGCAGUUGCCGCGGAGUAUGGAUACUACAAUUAUUGUUAAGCGUAUCUACGAAAUCACAGACGACGUGGACAAAGUAUCGGUAUACCGAAACCACAACGGUUUUGUCAGCUACGUGUUGGUCUCUUACAAGACUCAUCGAGGUGCAGCAAUGGCGAGAAGAAGAUUAGUACCCGAGUCAUCGACGCUUUUUAAAAAUCAUCAAGUUAUCGUAGAAUGGGCGAAUCCUAACGUGUCGCCUUGCAAUAUGAAUCAUUAA